AUGGCGAUUGCAAACAUAUCUUUGCGUUUCAAGUUUCCACCACUACAAUCAUCUUGCUCGUCCACAUUCAACAACACUUUAAUCUCACUUAGAAAAACAUCUUCGAUCGCUUGCUCCAAGCCUUCAUCGGCCGGAGAUGAAGGCAGCAGCGGAGCUAAUGACAGUGGAGUCAGUGCCGCUAAGCCGCGGAAGCUAUCGGAGCAGUCGUCAUGGGAAGUAAAAGACUCCGAAGGGAAAGAUUAUCUCUAUAGACUUGGUGCAGAGUCAGAUAACGUCAACAUAGCCGUCGGAGCAAGAGCUGGCAUGAUCGAUGACGUGUUCAUCGGAGACUUCCUUGGAAAAGAUUCUGAUAUUGUGUUUGAUUACCGUCAGAAGGCAACGAGGUCCUUUGAACAUCUCCAAGGAGAUUAUUACAUUGCUCCAACAUUCUUGGAUAAAGUUGCGGUCCACAUUGUGAAGAACUAUCUUGCUAGCUCUCUAAAUAUAAAAAUCCCAUUGAUCUUAGGUAUAUGGGGAGGUAAAGGACAAGGCAAAACGUUUCAGACCGAACUUAUAUUCAAGACCAUGGGAGUUGAACCUGUUAUAAUGUCUGCAGGAGAGUUAGAAUCCGAUAGAGCUGGAGAACCAGGGAAACUCAUACGUGACCGGUAUCGAACAGCUUCACAAGUCAUUCAGAAUCAAGGGAAGAUGAGUGUUCUCAUGAUCAAUGAUAUUGAUGCUGGCCUUGGUAGAUUUGGGGAAACACAAAUGACAGUGAACAACCAGAUAGUUGUGGGUACUCUGAUGAAUCUUGCGGAUAAUCCAACAAGGGUAAGUGUGGGACAAGACUGGAGAGAAGCUGACGUUGUAAACAGAGUCCCUCUCAUUGUCACAGGGAAUGAUUUCUCAAGGCUAUAUGCUCCACUGAUCCGUGAAGGAAGAAUGGAGAAGUUCUACUGGCAGCCAACACGUGAGGACAUCGUUAACAUUGUAAGCAGAAUGUACGAGAAAGAUGGGAUUUCGAGGAAAGAAGUUGCAAGCAUUGUUGAUAAGUUUCCAAAUCAAGCACUUGACUUCUAUGGAGCCCUAAGGUCACGUACAUAUGAUAAAUCCAUCCUCAAGUGGGUAGAGGAUGCUGGAGGAAUAGAGACUCUAGGGAAGACUCUUCUCAGACGUAAAAAGACUGAAAAGGUUCCUCAAUUCAUUCCUCCUGAGCAAACGGUGGAAGCAUUGCUGGAAUCAGGAUACUCACUCAUUAAGGAACAAAAACUCAUCAUGGAAACAAAGCUUUCCAAGGAGUACAUGAAGAACAGUGACGGUUAA